AUAAAUUCGAAGGGAGUCACGAUAUUGAACUCAACAAGCAGCCCAACCAGUGUAUCCUUCUCGGGUUUCUCUCUGACACACUCUCCCUCUUUCUCCCUCUCGCUCGCUCGCUCUCGUCAUGCAUACCAACAACCCCUACGCUCAAGGAGGAUGGUUUAAUCCCGACAAAGUAGAUUCCAUUAAUAACACCCCUUGGUCACCCGCCAACCCGCCACAGGCCUCUCUCUAUGGAGCUCUCCCAUUCUCCUCGACCUCUACUCAACAAUCCACCUACAAAUUUACAUUCUCGUAUAGAUCUACAAUUCUCAACAGUACAAUCACGGGACCUAAUGACCGGCCAUACUUUCGUAUCACCAACGAUUCGCCUUCGAAGGGCAAAACUUUGUUUCAAAAUCACGAAGGGCACAACUUCGCGAUCAUAGAAUGGCAAAGCCGUCCUGUCGUAGAGAUACGUGAGCUUCUGGAGCGGCAGGCCGUCGCAUCCUGGCUGCCGCUCAGCGCAGACAAAACUCAGCGCGCCAUGCUUGCCCGAGGCAAAUGGUAUUCGUGGGUACCGUAUGAAAAUAUCAUCUGCGCGACUUACGGUUCCACGCCUCCGACACCGAUUGCAAAAAUCUUGCGAGGCGAUAAGGCCGUGUCUCUCGAGAUAACCGCCGAAGCCAUUCAAGUCGGGCUGCUUGAAAUUUGUAUAGUAGCAACAGUAUUGUUGCAGUCUGGACGCACCAUCGACUGA